AUCAGCAUAUAUUAAUCUACUAAUACCCAUCAUAAUGUCCUCCAACUCUUUAAAGGCGCAAUCCAUCUUAAACUCGCUUUCCAUGAAGAACGAGUCCCCGACGGCGGAGCACGUCUUGCCGUACGCGUGGACCAUAUGGCAUCAUUCGCGUGCACGCCCGUCAGGCGAGUCCGCGGCGGCAGAAGAAGAGGAUGAGACACUGGUACCGCCCGCAGUUGACCUGUACCUCCAGACGACCACGGCGUUAUCGUUCCCCAGCACAGCGUCACAGGGCACUACCGACAAGAUUGCAUCGGUGGAGCAGUUGUGGCAGUCGCUCGCACUUUUGAAGCGCGCACCGACACUCCCGACCGGCACGGAAUUCCUCAUCUUCAAGCACGGAGUACAACCGGUGUGGGAGGACCCCGUCAACACCAAGGGGGGGCGCUGGGUGUUCCGCUUCACGCGGCGCACCAGUCACGGUGGCAAGCGCGACACUCGUGGUGCGGGCGGCCACGUGAGCGCACUGGAGGUAGUGCAGAUUCGCAAGCGCACGUCCCUUAUCUGGGAGCGUCUCGUGUUGCGGCUGCUCGGCGGCUCGCUUGUGCCAGGUGAGCACGCCGACACGUUGCUCCGCGACAUCUCCGGAUUGGUGUUGUCCGUGCGCAAGGACGAGGAUAUCAUUUCGGUAUGGAACUCCAACACGCACUUCGACAAGCAGCGCCGUGACGAAGAGGACACCAAGAAGUUGACUUCCUUUUCUGCGCGCCGCAUCUUGUGCGACGCCAUCCUCCGCAUCAUUCGCGAGGCCGACUUGAUCAUGGACGGUGCCGAUGCAGUCCACACCACCGACCCAGGCUCCAACGACCGUGUACAGGGUGUGUCGUUCGAGUAUCGCUUGCAUUCGGAACAGGGCACGCCCAGCUCCGCCUCCCAUGGCCAUCGCAACAGACGUGAUGAAGACAGAAAGUACUCGCGAAAGUUUAACAAGCGCGACGUCAGCGCGCCCGCCCCCACCACCAUUGACCAGAUUAUCGGCGGUAGCCAGGACUUCAGCGCGUUGGGGAGAACCCUUAGAAAGGACGACGAGGACGAAGAGUUGGGCGGGUUGUUAAGUUUCAGUAAGAGACGUUUGCAGCAGCAGCGUGAGAAGGAGAAUAAGGCAUAGUCACUGGGCACUGAAGGCGAGCAAACUGUUGAUUGUUGAAUGUUAUAAAUUGAAAAAUAUGACACAGGUGUUUAGUAUCUGUAUUUAGAUGAUACAGAGGGCCCACGCUAGAAUAAAGCGCGCUGCCACUUGGGCAUUAAUUAACGUGUAAUAAAGAUUGUUGCCUUCAGCUAUGAAAAACGGUAAUAGUUACCACAAACCAUCACACAAGGGGUAUAUCGAUUUAAGUAACAGAGGUUCCCCCGUUUGGGCAAUAUGUGAUUUUGGGCAAUUCUCGGGGUAUGCCAUCAAAAAUCCAACGACUUAGGAAAAAGCGGGUUUAGAUUCUCAGAUGGGCUUACAGGGUCUUACGGGUAUUGGCGGCAUGCCAAACGGCUGUAUUAGCGUGCUGCAGGUCUUGGCAGAGAAGCCUGCGAGUUAGACGAUAAAUCUUCUCCAAUUCAUCUCUAAGUUAAUCCAGAGAUAUCAGAUAUAUUCAC